GGCCCGAGCCGGAGCCGGCCGCGGGGCUGAGGUGGCGGCGGGGGAAGAUGGUGGCGCCGGGGCGAGCGGCGGCUGCGGCGGAGCUGGAUUCCCGGGCUUGGCAUCGACGCUGUCACUAGCGCCGCCCGCUCCCGCGGGCCCGCGGAGCCAGCUGUCAGGCAAGCCCGGCCGAGCAAGAUGAGAGCGCAGUGAGCCGGCCCAGCCUCUCUCCCAGCGGUCCGACGCCCACCAUGAACCACUUGGAGGGCUCCGCGGAGGUGGAGGUGAGCGACGAGGCGGCAGGCGGGGAGGUGAACGAGUCGGUGGAGGCUGACCUGGAGCGCCCCGAGGUGGAGGAGGAGCAGCAGCCGCCGGCGCGCUAUGCGGGCCGCCCCCCGCGCGGACGGGCCGCCGAGGGUCCCCGCGCCCAGCUCGGGCAGCCGCCGCAGCAGGCGCCGGCGCAGGAGGACGAGGAGCGCGGGGAGUGCCUGGCGCGCUCGGCCAGCACCGAGAGCGGCUUCCACAACCACACCGACACGGCCGAGGGCGACGUGAUCGCCGCGGCCCGCGACGGCUACGACGCCGAGCGCGCGCAGGACCCCGAGGACGAGAGCGCCUACGCCGUGCAGUACCGGCCCGAGGCCGAGGAGUACACGGAGCAGGCGGAGGCCGAGCACGCCGAGGCCACGCACCGGCGCGCGCUGCCCAACCACCUGCACUUCCACUCGCUGGAGCACGAGGAGGCCAUGAACGCCGCCUACUCGGGCUAUGUCUACACGCACCGCCUCUUCCACCGCGGCGAGGACGAGCCCUACGCCGAGCCCUACGCCGACUACGGGGGCCUCCAGGAGCACGUGUACGAGGAGAUCGGGGAGGCGCCCGAGCUGGACGCGCGCGACGGCCGGCGCCUCUACGAGCAGGAGCGCGACGAGGCGGCCGCCUACCGCCACGAGGCCCUGGGCGCACGGCUGCACCACUACGACGAGCGCUCCGACGGCGAGUCCGACAGCCCCGAGAAGGAGGCCGAAUUCGCGCCCUACCCGCGCAUGGACAGCUACGAGCAGGAGGAGGACAUCGACCAGAUCGUGGCCGAGGUCAAGCAGAGCAUGAGCUCACAGAGCCUCGACAAGGCCGCCGAGGACAUGCCCGAGGCCGAGCAGGACUUGGAGCGCGCUCCUACCCCGGGCGGGGGCCGCCCCGACAGCCCCGGGCUGCAGGCUCCGGCCGGGCAGCAGCUGACCGCGGGGCCCACGGGCGGCAGCCGAGGAGGCGGGAGCGUCGAGGCCGGGCCGCGGUACAGCCAGGAAAAGAGGGAUGCCAUCUCGCUGGCCAUCAAGGACAUCAAGGAGGCCAUCGAGGAAGUGAAAACCAGGACCAUCCGUUCGCCUUAUACCCCCGAUGAGCCCAAAGAGCCCAUCUGGGUCAUGCGCCAGGACCUCAGCCCCACCAGGGACUGCGAGGACCAGAGGCCGGGAGACCGAGAUUCUCCAUCUCCGGGCAGUUCCUCACCCCUGGGUGCAGAGUCUUCGAGUACACCCCUUCAUCCUGGUGACCCUGCCGAACCCUUCAACAAAGAGUCAAGAAAAAGCUUGGCUUCCUUCCCGACCUAUGUUGAAGUUCCUGGACCUUGCGACCCUGAAGACUUGAUUGAUGGAAUCAUCUUUGCGGCCAAUUACCUUGGCUCAACCCAACUGCUGUCAGACAAGACUCCCUCCAAAAACGUGCGCAUGAUGCAGGCCCAGGAGGCCGUGAGCAGGAUCAAGAUGGCCCAGAAAUUAGCCAAGAGCAGGAAGAAGGCUCCUGAAGGGGAGGCCCAGCCCAUGACGGAGGUGGAUCUCUUCAUCUCCACGCAGAGAAUCAAAGUGCUGAACGCCGACACGCAGGAGACCAUGAUGGACCACCCCCUGAGGACCAUCUCCUACAUUGCAGACAUCGGGAACAUCGUCGUCCUCAUGGCUCGUCGCCGGAUGCCCCGCUCCAACUCCCAGGAGAACGUGGAGGCCUCCCACCCGUCCCAGGAUGGCAAGAGGCAGUACAAGAUGAUCUGCCACGUCUUCGAGUCUGAGGACGCCCAGCUGAUUGCUCAGUCCAUCGGGCAGGCUUUCAGCGUGGCAUACCAGGAGUUUCUCAGGGCCAAUGGCAUCAACCCUGAAGACCUCAGCCAGAAGGAGUACAGUGACCUGCUCAACACCCAGGACAUGUACAAUGACGACCUGAUCCACUUCUCCAAGUCCGAGAACUGCAAAGACGUUUUCAUCGAGAAGCAGAAAGGUGAGAUUCUGGGCGUGGUGAUUGUGGAGUCCGGCUGGGGCUCCAUCCUGCCAACUGUCAUCAUCGCCAACAUGAUGCAUGGAGGCCCCGCGGAGAAGUCGGGCAAGCUCAACAUCGGGGACCAGAUCAUGUCCAUCAAUGGGACCAGCCUGGUGGGCCUGCCGCUGUCCACCUGCCAGAGCAUCAUUAAGGGCUUAAAGAACCAGGCCCGGGUGAAGUUGAACAUCGUGCGAUGCCCGCCGGUGACCACCGUGUUAAUCCGCAGGCCGGACCUCCGCUACCAGCUGGGUUUCAGCGUCCAGAAUGGCAUUAUCUGCAGCCUCAUGCGAGGAGGGAUAGCCGAGCGAGGGGGCGUCCGCGUGGGACACAGGAUCAUUGAGAUCAAUGGGCAGAGUGUUGUGGCCACCCCUCAUGAGAAGAUCGUCCAUGUCCUUUCCAGUGCUGUUGGCGAGAUCCACAUGAAGACGAUGCCAGCCGCCAUGUACAGACUGCUGACGGCCCAGGAGCAGCCAGUGUACAUCUGAGCCUGGCCCGCCUCGGCAGCUGCCUGCAUGGAGGACCGUCCCCACCGUGGUUGUGUUUCUUGUGCCGCAUCCGUGUGUCCGCUGAGACCUCCCCCUCCCAUGACCGGCAUUUGGGCUCACACAGGAAGAGAAGACCCCUCCAGGACUCCUUGGCUGGCUCGCG